GAGGCAUGCUGGGAGGGAGCCGCACUUCCUCCUCAGGGGCCUCAGAAAACCACAGGCCCGGCAGCCGCCCCUGGGGAGCCGGCAGGAUGGCCGAGGGCAAGGCGGGCGGCGCCGCGGGCCUCUUCGCCAAGCAGGUGCAGAAGAAGUUCAGCAGGGCCCAGGAGAAGGUACUGCAGAAAUUGGGAAAAACUGUAGAAACCAAAGACGAACGGUUUGAACAAUGUGCCAACAACUUCUACCAACAACAGGCAGAAGGCCAAAAGCUAUACAAGGACCUGAAGAACUUCCUUGGUGCAGUCAAAGUGAUGCAUGAGAGUUCCAAGAGGGUGUCGGAAACCCUGCAGGAGAUCUACAGCAGCGAGUGGGACGGCCACGAGGAGCUCAAGGCCAUCAUGGGGAAUAAUGAUCUCCUUUGGGAAGACUAUGAAGAGAAACUGUCUGACCAGGCCUUGAGGACCAUGGAAAACUAUGUGGCCCAGUUUGGCGAGAUUAAGGAGAGAAUUGCGAAGCGGGGCCGGAAGCUUGUGGACUAUGACAGUGCCCGACACCACCUGGAGGCAGUGCAGAAUGCCAAGAAGAAGGAUGAGGCCAAGACUGCCAAGGCAGAGGAAGAGUUCAACAAAGCCCAGACUGUGUUUGAAGAUCUGAACCAGGAACUGCUGGAGGAGCUGCCUGUUCUUUACAAUAGUCGCGUUGGCUGUUAUGUGACCAUCUUCCAGAACAUUUCCAACCUAAGGGACGUCUUCUACAGGGAGAUGAGCAAGCUGAACCACCAGCUGUACGAGGUGAUGAGCAAACUGGAGAAGCAGCAUUCCAACAAAGUCUUCGUGGUGAAGGGACUGUCAAGCAGCAGGCGCUCUUUAGUCAUCUCUGCUCCCGUUCGAACGUCUGCAGUCUCCAGCCCUCUCACCUCUCCCACCAGUCCCUCUGCACGGUCCUUGACGAGUGAAAUGGAAUCUGAAUCAGCUACUGAAGAGGAGCUGGCCCCUGGUGCAGCCCAGGGAGAAGACAACUGUGAAGUGAAACAGGAGCCCUCAAAAGAUGAAGAAAUGGCGGAGGAAGAGUCGGAAGCCAGCUCUGAGGAGGAAGAGCCUCUACCAGCCUGCAACGGCCCGAGCGAGGUCCAGCCCUCCGCCACCACCGAGGCCGAGGCGUCCCAGGAGGAGGUUCCCCCUCGCUCGCCGCCUGCAUCACCAGACAGAGUCCUGACCCUGUCGGUGCAGCCUUCAUCUCCUGCCCCGGAAGUAGUUCUCCGAACCCGCGCCUCCAGCGAAGGAGCCGAACAACCCAAGAAGAGAGCUUCUACCCAGCGGGCCUCAGCGCCCCCGAGCAGGCCGCCUCCACCCCGCGCCACUCCGAGCCCCAGGCCCCCCUCAGGGGAUGUACCCCCCAGCCCGCCGGCCUCCGAAGGGGCUUCACCCGCCAGCCCCGGGGGCGUCCUGGGCACUGGGACUCCAAGUCCUAGGGCCUCCUUGGAGGUCUCUCCUCAUGCAGAGCCACCAGAGAAGCCAGGCAGAGCUCCUGGGGCCAGAGAAAUGGAAGACGCCCCUGUUCCAAGCGCAGAACCUUGUGCCUCCCCCACCUCGGUGUCUCAGUUUUUUCCAGAGGCUGGAGAGGCAAGGAAGAUGGACAAGGAGGAGACUAAUAAAGUUAUCUCAACUGACUCCUCUAAUACUCUAUCACAAUUAUAUGCCCUCAGUUUUGAUAAAACACAGAAGACCCUAACAGAACAAGACAGGAAAUCCCCUUGGCUGGCUUCUAGUCUGGGGCAGCUGUGCCAAUUCAAAGAGCUAAGCAGGUUCCAGCGUUGUAGCGGGUAAAGGUGCUCUCGUGACACUGCAUCCCGUGUGGGCUCUGGGUGCUCCAUUUCUGGUCCAGUCACUCCUGCUGCACCCGGGAAACAGCAGAAGAUGGCCCACAUAACUUGGACCCCCACACCCAUGUGGGAGACACAUGAAGCUCCUGGCUCCUGGCUUUGGUUUGGCCCAGCCCUGGCUAUUGCAGCCACUUGGAGAGUGAACCAGAGGCUGGAAGGGCUGUGUCUCUUCUUUUUCUUUCUGUAACUCUGCCUUUGAAAUAAAUAAAUAACUCUUAAAAAAAAAUGCAGGACACGUGGAUGGUGAAUAAGCACAGGAGAAGUGCAGGGUUGUGAGCCGGCGAGUGUAGUUACGUCUCGUCUUUAGCGCUGAAAAGGGCAGCUCAGUGGUACUGUGUGAUUUCAGUGUGGAGGUAGUGAGAGUGUCCUCCUGUUUGGCUCUGGAGAGUAAUAAAACAAAUUUGCAUUCUGGGAGCUGGGGUGGGGCAGAUGCUGUCUUAGCACGUCAGGGAGCAGGCUCAUUGUACUGUCUUCCCUGGGAAAGAGGCACGAACAACCCGCUUCUGCUGAGGCAGCUGGCACGCUUACGAUUGUUGGCUUCCGUGUCUCCUCUCCGGUGGCCGUGCUUAGCUCACCAGCUGAGACGCUGCCUGCAGAAUGAUGUUAACAGAGCGUGUCCGUGUCACCCAUCCUCAGAGCCGCUGUGCCACCGUGCAUGCCCACUUCCCUGGCCAAUCAUUGUAAAUCAUGUCUUAAGCAGCACUGUGGACGGCGCACCUGGGAAGCAGUAAAUAAGUGGACCUGGGGAGAGUCUGUUCUUGCUCAGCAUUUGAAUAACCUGAGAAGGAAGGUUCUGGGGGAGGUGG